AUGUCAACCGGCCCUGGCCUUGGUGCACCUGACCUAGCAGAGGGUCCCCAGACCACAGGACCUGUUGGACUCCAGACCCUUUUGGACCUACUUGUGGGUGUCUAUCAGGAGUUCUACUCCUCAUCCUUUGCAAGAGAAAAAUAUAUCUCUGGUUUCCUGCAGUGGGCUGAGCCCCUGGUGAGGCAGGUGAAGAAGACUCGCAUCAAAAGAGAAGACUUUCACAUCCUGAAGGUGAUUGGCAGAGGCACAUUCAGUGAGGUUGCUGUGGCGAGGAUGCGAAGCACACAACAAGUGUACGCUCUAAAGAUUAUGAAUAAGUGGGACAUGCUGAGGCGAGGAGAGACAGCAUGUUACCAGGAGGAGCGGGAGGUUUUAGUAAGGGGUGACAGACUCUGGAUUACAGAAUUGCACUACGCCUUUCAGGACGACAACUAUUUGUACCUGGCAAUGGAUUACUAUGUAGGAGGGGACCUGCUUACUCUGCUUGGUAAAUUUGGAGACCGGAUCCCUGAGGACAUGGCUCAGUUCUACCUGGCUGAGAUGGUCAUGGCCAUUGACUCUGUCCACAGUCUGGGUUAUGUACACAGAGACAUCAAACCGGACAACAUCCUACUGACAGCUGACGGACACAUCAGACUGGGGGACUUUGGUUCCUGUCUGAGGAUCCUAGAGGAUGGGAUGGUUCACUCAUCGCUUGCAGUUGGGACCCCUGAUUAUUUGUCUCCAGAGAUUUUAAGAGCAGUAGAGGGAGGUGGAGGUUAUGGUCCUGAAUGUGACUGGUGGGCUUUGGGUGUCUGUGCCUAUGAAAUGCUGCUGGGGACCACACCUUUCUACGCAGAGUCCAUCUCUGAAACAUACGCUAAGAUCAUCAACUUUCCGGAGCAUUUCAAGUUACCUCCUGGCCCUGAGAUUUCAGGAAAGGCCCGAUCCUUCAUCACUGGACUCAUCUGUGAGAAGGAAACCCGUCUGGGGAGGAAAGGCAUGAGUGACUUCAGGAGCCACCUGUUCUUCUGUGGACUGGACUGGGGUUCCCUGCAUAAACUCUCUGCCCCCUUCCUACCUGAAGUAUCCAAUCCAACUGACACCUCCAACUUUGACAUUCUGGAUGACUGUCUUAGUGAAAUGGAGACCCUAUCUGAUGUAAUGGACAUAGCACCAGUAGGGGUACACUUGGCUUUUGUUGGAUAUUCUUACACUGCUACCAGUCAGACAGGUGCCAUCGACCACAGUCAAGACAUCAUGAUGCAGAUUGACCAUACAAGGCUCAGGGAGUUUGAGGGUCUGUGCACACUGGAGAAACUGAGCCAGCUGUUGCAUCUCACAGGCACUCUACCAGAUCACCUGCCUGCGUUGUUGGAGCUCCCACUCACUCUGGAGCAAGGUUGUGCUGCAUCCACCCACAUCAAAACUGAGGAGGCAAAGGAGACUGACGAAAUAUCAGGACUCAGUGAAGACUUACAGCGGUAUCAGUUACACAAAGCAGAGAGGAGAUAUUGUGAGCUGGAGAAAGAAAUGGAGAGAUUAAAGGGGGAGAUGCAAGACUGGAGAGCCCCCAAGGAAUCAGUCACAGAGCUGAGUAUCUGCCCAGCCACUCUUGCUCUGCCUGCCCACUGUGUGGACAUACCAGGGGAUAGGAGGAAAGCACUCCCAGCCUGCCAUUACCCACUGGUGAUUCCUCUUCAUCGUCACCUGCUCCUGUUCCACAGGGUUCGACUUCCACAGGUGACGAGUGAGUUAUACCUACUGGUGUGUGCAGAAUGGGGGAAGGUCCAAGCCUGGGGGAGACACUGUCAUACUGACCUCACAUGA